UUUGGCUUCUUUUUCUUUGUAUUUUCAGUAACAGUGGGAAACACCAUGGGAACCACUUCCAGGGAGACACAGACGCCAACUGGUCUGUGGAACCUCCAGACUCCCGCCUAUGGUCUGCCUGUGAGGCUGGUGAAUGGAGGCGACCGCUGUCAGGGCCGGGUGGAGGUCCUGUACCAAGGCUACUGGGGCACUGUGUGUGAUGACAGCUGGGAUGCCCAGGAUGCAGAUGUCAUCUGUCGGCAGCUCGGCUGUGGCCUUUCAGUGUCAGCCCUGGGUGGGGCCCACUUUGGUCAGGGCUCAGGAAAUAUUCUCCUGGGCGCAGUGUACUGCUCGGGAUGGGAGCCUUACCUGUCAAGCUGCCCCCACAGCGGGUGGUACAACCAUGAAUGUGGCCACAGAGAAGAUGCUGGAGUUGUGUGCUCAGGUUCUUUGAUUUCUACAGAGGUACCCCUGACAGCUACUGUGGAAGGGACUACUAUAACAAGCACUGAGACUCCGGCUGCAGUAGGGACUGAAUCGGGUUUGGCCCUGAGGCUGGUGAACGGAGGGGGCCGUUGUCAGGGCCGGGUGGAGGUCCUGUACCGAGGCUCGUGGGGCACCGUGUGUGAUGACAGCUGGGACAUCAAUGACGCCAACGUGGUGUGCAGGCAGCUCGACUGUGGCCGAGCUCUGUCAGCGCCAGGAAAUGCCCGUUUCGGUCAGGGCUCGGGGCCGAUCGUCCUGGAUGACGUGCGCUGCUCAGGAUAUGAGUCCUACCUGUGGAGCUGCGCCCACAACGGCUGGAACAGCCACAACUGCGGACAUGGGGAAGACGCCAGCGUCAUCUGCUCAGUUUCUGAAUCAGAUCUUCUCACAACACCUGGUCCAUGGAACCCCCAGACUACCGCCUAUGAGACCGAAUCGGGUUUGGCCCUGAGGCUGGUGAAUGGAGGUGACCGGUGUCAGGGCCGGGUGGAGGUCCUGUACCGAGGCUCGUGGGGCACCGUGUGCGACGACGACUGGGACACCAACGAUGCCAACGUGGUGUGCCGGCAGCUGGGCUGUGGCUGGGCCACGUCGGCCCCGGGAAGUGCCCGCUUCGGUCAGGGCUCGGGGCCGAUUGUCCUGGACAACGUGCGCUGCUCAGGCCAGGAGUCCUACCUGUGGAGCUGCGCCCACAACGGCUGGAACAACCACAACUGUGGUCACCACGAGGAUGCCGGUGUCGUCUGCUCAGGUGGGCCUCCGAGAUCCCCGGACCCCCUUCUGGCGGGACGUUUGCUGAGAACGGCCGCACGUCCCACUCCAGGGCCCCUCCCCACCCCAGCCUCUCCCAGAGAUCCUGUGCCGCCCGCGGUUUCCUGGGGGCAGCUGGCCGCUACAGCUCGACCUCCCCUCUUGGGCCAACCGUGAGGCACCAGGACUGCU